GUCACUUUCCAGAGAUCGCGGCUUGAGGGCAGGGUCCUCUGGUCCUUCAGUUGGAAUUCUUUUAUGCUGCAGCGAGCCUGCCAGGAAUGAAAAAGAGAAGGCGAAAGGGUGGGUGGCUGCAGGAGGCAGGGCCAUCGCAAGAUCCUAGACCCUGCAGGCUCCAGUGUGAAGAUUCCUUUUGGCUUCUUUCCUCUGUGGUUGAUGCUUCUGCUGGAGUUGCCAAUCAAGUGCAGGAUGUGCGGCAGGUUCCUGAGACAGCUAUUGGCUCAGGAGAGCCAGCACUCCACCCCUGUGGGGCGCUUCCUUCUUCCCAUGCUCAUGGGAUUCCGUCUCCUGAUCUUGGUUUCCAGUGGACCUGGGGUUUUCGGCAAUGAUGAGAAUGAAUUCAUAUGUCAUUUAGGGCAGCCAGGCUGCAAGACCAUUUGCUAUGAUGUCUUCCGCCCUCUCUCUCCAUUGCGCUUCUGGGCCUUCCAAGUCAUUCUGAUGGCUGUACCCAGUGCCAUUUAUGUGGCUUUCACUCUGUAUCAUGUGAUUGGAUACUGGGAGGUACCAGGAAAGGAAAACAAGGAGCAAGAGACCCAGAUUAGCAAAGGGGAUCAUAGCAAGGAUGUCUCAGGGGCUAAAAGCCUCAAGCUUCUCUGGGCCUAUGUGGCACACCUUGGGGUACGGCUGGCCCUUGAGGGAGCAGCUCUAGGUGUUCAGUACAAUCUGUAUGGUUUCAAGAUGUCCAGCACUUUUAUAUGUCGUGAGGAUCCUUGUAUUGGCAGCACAACCUGUUUCCAGUCUCACCCCUCUGAGAAGACCAUCUUCCUCAACAUCAUGUUUGGGAUCAGCGGGGCCUGUUUCUUAUUUAUUUUCUUGGAGCUUGCGCUUUUGGGUUUAGGGAGGUUUUGGAGGAUAUACAAGCACAAACUUUCCUUCUUAAAGAAGUUGCCAACUUCAGAGAGCUCUGUAAGAUCCAAGGACACAACCGAUGAAUUGUCAGUGGUGGAGGCAAAAGAGCCAUUUUGAGAUGCAGAGUUGUAAAGUUGCCUGGAUUGCCUGCAGAAAACUCUGGGACUUGAUCUUCAAUACAUCCAGUGAGGUGGCCGGGGAGAUGGUACAGGGGUAAAGGUGCUUGCAGUCAAGCCUCAUGAUCUGAGAUUGAUCUCCAGAACCCACACGGAGAAGGGAGAAAACCAACUCCCACAAGUUGCCCACAUACAUGUCAUGAAGAGUACACACACACACACACACACACACACACACACACACAAAGAAUAAAUAAAAUAAUAAAAUCUCAGAAAACAAAACAAGACCUCCUACAUCAAUUAGCUGCCACUUCUAAUUUUUCUUUCCUGUCUCUCCACUAAAUAUAAACAAAAAACAGGCUACUUUCUGUUCUAAUGGAUUAUCUAUCCUAUUCUGGGAUUGUAUAGAGAUGGAAUCAUACAGUAUGCUUAUUAAUCACUUGUAUAUCUUUGUAGAAAAGACCAAGUUUUUUGCCAAUUAAAUUAGGUUAUUUAUUUUUGCCUUGUAUAAACUAUAUAAUUGUUAGAUACCUAUCAAGUGGCUCAUUUCAAAACAUUCUCUUCUAUUCCAUGGGUCAUCUUCAUUUUCUUCCUGAGUAGCAUUUCUUUAAAAUUAUUUAUUCUUUGAUAAUUUCCUACAUGUAUACAGUGUGUUUUGAUCACGUCUACCCUAUAUCCCUGUAUCACUGCUCUUGGAUCUCCUGACAUGUCCCUAUCCUAAUUUCUUGUCCUCUUCUUUUCUUUAUAACCCACUGAGAACAAAAAUCAGUGCUACUCAAAGUGUGAAUUGGUGUGAAGCUAUCUACCCGAACACAGUCAACCUACUCGAUGCCACACCCAAAGAAGAUGGAGUCUUCCUCUGCCAGCAUUGAUCAACUGCCAACAGUUCCUCAGUUGUGGGUAGUCCUUCUCUCAUUCAUCCUGUAAUGCUGAGUGUCUUGAGCUUGUGCAGGCAACCACUGCUUCUGUGAGUUUAUGAAUGCAAGUUCCUGCUGUGUUCAUAAGAUGUUGUUUCAUAGCAGAUCUCCCAGAGCACUGGAUCUUUACAUUUUUCUUUCCCAUUUCUCCAUCUUCUCUAAUGUUCCCUUGAGCUUUGGGGGGCAAGGAUGUGCUGUCGAUGUCUCAUUUGAGACUGAAUAUUACAUGGACACCUGUUUCUGCAUUUACAAAUUGUAAGUCUGUAUAUUGGCCACUGUUCACUGUAAAAAGAAAAAGUCUGUGGUCAGUGUUGAAAACUGACCUAAUCUAUGAGUUUCGAGAAUCAUUUAGAAGACAGUUUGAUACUAUGUCAAUUUAGCAAACUAAUAGUGACUUUUCUGUAGGGCUUUUGAGCUCCGCAGGAUGGGUUCUUGGCCAGAUUUGUAGUACCAGGCAUGGGGUUUCUCUUGUGGAGUGAAUCCUCAAUCGAAUCAGAAAGCAGUUGGUUACUCCUGUACCAGCUACACCACUGUUUCACCCAUGCAUGUGUCUUGUGAGGCUGGUUGUUGGAACUCAUCAGAUUCAUACAUGAGAAAGAGUUUUGAUGACUAGGAAGGCUACCCAGCAUAGAGUUGGCAAUAUUUUUUGAUGUACAAAACUUUACAUUUUUUUCCCAAUUCUUUUUUGAGACAGGGUUUCUCUGUGUAGCCCUGGCUGUCCUGGAACUCACUCUGUAGACCAGGCUGGCCUCGAACUCAGAAAUCUGCCUGCCUCUACCUCCCGAGUGCUGGGAUUAAAGGCGUGCGCCACCACGCCCAGCAUUUUCCCCAAUUUUUUAUUAGGUAUUUUCUUCAUUUGCAUUUCAAAUGCUAUCUAGAAAGUCCCCUAUACCCUCCCCCCGCGCCCUGCUCCCCGCUCCCCUACCCACCCACUCCCAUUUCUUGGCCCUGGCGUUCCCCUGUACUGGGGCAUAUAAAGUUUGCAAAACCAAGGGACCUCUCUUCCCAAUGAUGGCAGAGUAGGCCAUCUUCUGCUACAUAUGCAGCUAGAGACAGGAGCUAUGGCGGUACUGGUUAGUUCAUAUUGUUGUUCCACCUAUAGGGUUGCAGAUCCCUUCAGCUCCUUGGGUACUUUCUCUAGCUCCUCCAUUGGGGACCCUGUGUUCCAUCCAAUAGAUGACUGUGAGCGUCCACUUCUGUAUUUGCCAGGCACUGGUAAAACCUCACAAGAGACAGCUAUAUCAGGGUCCUUUUAGCAAAAUCUUGCUGGCAUAUGCAAUGGUGUCUGUGUUUGGUGGCUGAUUAUGGGAUGGAUCCCUGGGUGGGGUAGUCUCUGGAUGCAUUUUACAUUUUAAUGAACUCUAAUUACUUGUUUUUCUUUUGGCUUUUGUGAAUUUGGUGCUACAUUUAAGAGACCAUUGUUUGACUCAAAACUAUGAGUUUACACUUGUGUUUCCAUCUAAGAAUUUUAUACUUUUAACUUAUGUUUGACUCUGAUCUCUUAUGGAGUGGAAAAAAAAAGACAAAAUGACAUUAUCUUUCUUAUUGGAAACAAUGUAAAUGAGCAAAGUAUUUGAAUUGUAAGAAAGAAAAAUUUACUGUUAAUCUAGAGGCCCAUGAUUGGCAGAACUAACUCUCAGAAGUAAAGGCAAAGAUAAGCAUU